AUGAUGUUUUCCAUGACGACAAUUCUUUCCAGUCUUCUCCUAUUGGUUUUGCUGUCUAUUUCUGCCAGUGCACAAAACGCCACUGAAUGCAUGAUCUACACACAAGCAAACAUUAUCGCCACCACCCAAAAGGGUGGAGUCAUGGCACCUUUCUUGGCCUUCCAAGUGGACCGAGACACCCUCUGCAACACCAACACUUGGGAGUGCAAUUUGGGACAAGAAUAUGAUGACGCAGCCGACGCUCUCUGCACCAUGCACGGUGGCAACAAAGUGUACGAAGAUGUCGAAAUCUGUCAAGCUUAUCUAGGAUUGCUCCAAAUUGAUACCGGUGGCAUUACACCUCUAUUCAAAGAUGUCCCCAUCUGUCUUGCUCCUGAGCCAUACUGUGCGUCAGGCACCACCCACAUGGACAUUUUGGAGGCCAUGAGUGUCUGUAUGGAAAUGCCGACACUGCCGACAGUGUUCCAAAACCCUAACCGUAGACUGGCGGAUGUGGGUCCCCUCCCACGUGAGAUCAGCUUGACUGGAACACCACCAGGCUUUGAAUAA